UGUUUCUCAAGCGUCAGUAGAGUCAGUACGAAAGAAGCAGAGUCCCUCUUCAUCUGAUCGAUUCCCUCUCUCUCUCUCCCUCGCAUUUCGCUGGGUUUUUCGUGCAAUGUAGUUCCUUCCUCCACACUCGAGAAGAAGCAGGGAAGAAUCGAAGAGUAAUGGCCAAGUGUCACCGAAACGACGUCGGAUCCGUAGUCCUAGACCGCCCCAACACCACCUCCUCCGGCCAUUUCUGGCUCUGGUCGUCCUUCUCCGGCGCCUCAUUCCGUCGGAAAAUCUUCCACGCCGUCAGUUGCGGCGGCAGCUCCCGCUACCGCCACCACGACAAUGAUGACGAGGCCGCUCCGAUCAGUCCUCCGACUCCUUCGGCCACCGGAGUCACCACCAUCAGAUCAAUCACAACCAAAACCACGACGACGCAGUCGCAGACGAAUGUUAAAGAGGCGGAGAAGGCUGUGAAGCCGAAAGCGAAGUCCGAGAAGCUCUCGGAUCUUCUGAACCUCGCGGAGUUUUCGGAAGCGGAAAACGACGCCGCGACGAAGGAGAAGGUGGAGGCGCUGGAGGAGCUGAAGCGCGUGGCGAAGGACCUGCAGGCGGAAGAUGACUCGGCGAAGAGGAAAGAGGCGGCGAGCAAGGUUAGAUUGCUCGCCAAGGAAGACUCGGAAGCCAGAGCCACGCUCGCGAUGCUCGGCGUCAUUCCUCCGCUCGUCGCCUUGCUCGACUCCGACGACGCCGUUUCCCAGAUCGCGUCGCUCUACGCUCUGCUCAAUCUCGGGAUCGGCAACGACGUGAACAAGGCUGCUAUUCUCCAAGCAGGGGCAGUGCACAAUAUGCUGAAGCUAAUUGAAUCCCCAAACCCUCCAGACCCAUCAGUUUCAGAAGCUAUCAUUGCGAAUUUCCUCGGCUUAAGCGCGUUGGACUCAAAUAAACCGAUCAUUGGAGCUUCGGGCGCCAUACCCUUCUUGGUUCAAACCCUCAAGAAUUCGGACAAUGCAAGCAGCUGCCAAGCCAAGCAAGACGCCUUGAGAGCGCUGUAUAAUCUGUCAAUCUUCCCAUCCAAUAUUUCGUUCAUAUUGGAAACAGAUUUGAUCCCGUUUUUCUUGAAUUCGCUCGGAGACAUGGAAGUGAGCGAAAGAAUCCUUGCAAUUCUAAGCAACGUGGUGUCUGUCCCGGAAGGCCGAAAGGCAAUUAGCAGUGUGAAGGAUGCAUUUCCAAUAUUGGUUGAUGCAUUGAACUGGAAUGACUCGCCGGGGUGCCAAGAGAAGGCGUCGUACAUUCUGAUGGUAAUGGCACACAAGGCGUUUGGGGAUAGGCAAGCCAUGAUCGAGGCAGGAAUGGUUUCGGCAUUGCUCGAGUUGACGCUUUUGGGGAGUACGUUGGCGCAGAAGAGAGCCUCAAGGAUCUUGGAGUGUUUGAGAGUAGAUAAAGGAAAGCAGGUUUCGCAGAGCUUCAGCGGGAGGAGUAUGGGGGCAGCGGUCUCCGCUCCCAUUUGUGGGUCUUCAUCGUCUUCUUCAAACCCGAAUGUGGGUUCCAAGGAGUGCAUGGAGGACGAGGAGGACACGAUGAGUGAGGAGAAGAAAGCCGUGAAGCAAUUAAUCCAACAGAGUUUGCAAAACAACAUGAGAAGGAUCGUGAAGCGGGCGAAUUUGCCGCAAGAUUUCGUCCCCUCAGAUCAUUUCAAGUCGCUCACCUCGAGUUCAACCUCGAAGAGCUUGCCGUUUUGAGGGAAUCAGAGCUGCCAAGGAAGAUCUAGAGAUUGAAAGUGAAGAAUUUGUGAAGUUAGUAGUCUUGUGUUCCUACUUCAAUUCCAACUUCUGGUCUGUUGUACCUUUUGUUAGUGUAUGUAUUUGUUCAAAUAUGUAUAGUGAUUGUAAUUAUAAUCCGAGUAGAAGAAACUUCGGUAAAAUUGUCUAAUCAGUCAAUUAGUUCGAUAAUUCAAUAUUAGUCACAAAAAAACGUGUAUUGACACGUUAUCCACCAUCAACUUGUACUCCAUAGUGUCGAUAUUCUCGAUACUUCAACUACGCAACUGUCAAUAAUGUGUCCAUAUCUUUGUCA